AUGAAUGUGCUGAUUGGUUCUCGAAUUUAUUCAUUUUUCAGACGUUUGACUCUACAAAUUUGCAAUAUAAUGGCUGAUUUUGAAGUGUUUGGUAACCGUAAUUUGAAUGUCAAUCAAAUGAAUCAAGAAAUUAGCAGGGGAAUAGCACCGAAAACAAUCGACCGCGUCGAUCAAGCUUAUCAAAGUCGUCCAGGUGACAGCUCUGCACAUGUUCAUUUUGAGGGUGGUAAGCACGCACUAAGAGAUGAUGGAACAUGGAAGCAUGGAGGAAGAAAAUUGUCCAGAGCGGAGAAACAGUGGCUUCAAAACUGGAAUUGGCCGUUACCAAAUGAUCAGUAA